CCUAAAUACUUGUUUCAGUCUCAGUGUAGACGCAAGCAUAUUAUUGUCAUGAAAUUAAUAGUUUUUGGCCAAAUCUCUCCGUGCAAAAAAGUAAUUGAUCAGAAUGUCGCAUUCGGAGGAUACGAUGAGAUCGAAAUUGCGGAAAUUGGCAUCACUUAAAGGUCCCUUCCUGGAAUUCGACGGAGAUCUUCUACCCAGUACCCCACAUGCGGCUUUCGAGAUCUGGCUCGGCGAGGCAAUCGCCAGAGGAAUUACCGAACCACAUGCCAUGACGCUUUCGACGGUGGACGAGAGCGGGUGCCCCGACGCUCGAGUCCUGAUUCUGAAAGAUCUCGAUGAACGCGGUUGGCACUUCGCGGCGAAGGACACAAGCCCCAAAGGUCAACAGAUCACAAAGAACGCCGACGUCGCCUUGACCUUCUACUGGUCGGAACUGGGCCGCCAGGUCCGCAUUCGUGGUCGUGCCGGUCAGCUUUCCGACAAAGAAUGCGCUGGAGAUUUUCUUUCGCGCCCUGCUAGCUCCAAGAUCAGUGCCAUGGCGUCAAAGCAAAGCCAAGUCCUGACCUCACCAGAUGAGCUGAGAGAAGGGAUGGCCGGUUCUCAAGCAUUCUUGCGGAAUAAUCCCGAGUAUGUUAUGCCUGGUUGGAAAGUGUUUGCUGUUGAGCCAGUGGCGGUCGAGUUCUGGCAAGGAGCAACGGAUCGUCAACAUAGACGUAUUGUGUACACUCGCGAGGAUAAGCUGACUUGGGAGAAACGCAGUCUGUGGCCAUAGAAUUUGGAGACCAUAGACAUUUGGACCAUGCCCUCUUUUCAUUAUAGUUCAUCUAAGAGUUGCUUUCAAAGUGACGAGGUUUGCAAUAGCCUACUUCUCUUCAUUAUAAAGUUGUCAAUGAACUCAAUUUCCUGGCGCACGCCAGGUCAAAUCAAAUGUUCAUACCCAU